GCUGUAUACCACAAAAUCUUGUCAAUGGGAAUGUACGAUCGCCAACGCUAAAGGAGGAAGCUCCAUUUUGUCACCGCCCGAGAGAAGACAGAAACGCUGGGAGGAAGUACUAACAAUAUGAAGUAAAGAGACAUGAUUCUGAAGUAAGGUGAGAGAGGUACGAACAGUGUAGUGCUUCUGCGAUGCUGUAUCCCAGGCGAGGAGGCAAGGGAGCCCGGCGCCUGCUGCUCUCCCUUCUGCUCCUCACAAUCUGGAAGGCGGGGAGCGGCCAGGUCCACUACGCGGUCCCCGAGGAGGCCAAGCACGGCACCUUCGUGGGCCGCAUCGCGCAGGACCUGGGGCUGGAGCUGGCGGAGCUGGUGCCGCGCCUGUUCCGGGUGGCGUCCAAGCCCCGCGGGGACCUCCUGGAGGUAAAUCUGCAGAAUGGCAUUUUGUUUGUGAAUUCUCGGAUCGACCGCGAGGAGCUGUGCGGGCGGAGCGCGGAGUGCAGCAUCCACCUGGAGGUGGUGGUGGAGAGGCCGCCACAGGUUUUCCACGUGGAGGUGGAGGUGAAGGACAUUAACGAUAAUCCACCCGUCUUCAGAGAGAGAGAACAAAGGUUAUUUAUUCCCGAAUCUAGGCUGCUGGGAUCGCAUUUCCCGCUAGAGGGCGCUGCUGAUGCCGACAUUGGCACCAAUUCUCUUCUAACGUAUACGCUCAGCCCCAGUGAUUAUUUCUCGUUGGAUAUACAGGCAAGUGAUGAACUGAGUAAGUCACUUGCGCUUGAAUUGAGGAAAGUUUUGGACAGAGAGGAAACUCCAGAACUUCAUUUAUUAUUGACAGCCACGGAUGGGGGCAAACCUGAGCUGGAAGGUAGAGUUCACCUGCUGAUAACGGUGCUCGACGUUAAUGACAACGCCCCGUUGUUUUCUCAGGCCGUGUACAGAGUCCAUUUAUUGGAAACGAUAGCGAAUGGGACAUUAGUAACCACAUUAAAUGCCUCGGACGCUGACGAAGGUGUAAAUGGAGAAGUUGUCUUUUUCUUUGGCAGUGAUGUUCCUGUGAACAUUAGAAAGAACUUCAAAAUUGAUUCCAGCUCAGGAGAAAUUAGGCUAAUUGGUGAACUGGAUUAUGAAGAGACAAGAUCCUACGAAAUUCAGGUAAAAGCAGUUGAUAAAGGAAGUCCUCCCAUGUCAAAUCACUGCAAGGUUUUAGUGAAAGUGCUGGAUGUAAAUGAUAAUGCUCCGGAACUGGCGGUCAGGUCCUUGUCCUUGCCCGUCAGAGAGGACGCCCCCCUCGGCACUGUCAUUGCCUUCAUCUCCGUGUCCGACCGGGACUCCAGUGUCAACGGGCAGGUGACCUGCACUCUGACACCGCAUGUCCCCUUCAAGCUGGUGUCCACCUUCAAGAAUUACUAUUCGCUGGUGCUGGACAGCGCCCUGGACCGCGAGAGCGUGUCACACUACGAGUUGGUGGUGACCGCGCGGGACGGGGGCUCGCCUUCGCUGUCGGCCACAGCCAGCGUGUCCGUGGAGGUGGCCGACGUGAACGACAACGCGCCGCUGUUCGCGCAGCCCGAGCACACGGUGUUCGUGAAGGAGAACAACCCGCCCGGCGGCCACAUCUUCACGGUGUCGGCGCGGGACGCGGACGCGCAGGAGAACGCGCGGGUGUCCUACUCGCUGGUGGAGCGGCGGGUGGGCGAGCGCGCGCUGUCGAGCUACGUGUCGGUGCACGCGGAGAGCGGCCAGGUGUCCGCGCGGCAGCCGCUGGACCGCGAGGAGCUGGAGCUGCUGCAGUUCCAGGUGAGCGCGCGCGACGCGGGCGAGCCUCCUCUGGGCAGCACCGUGACGCUGCAGGUGUUCGUGCUGGACGAGAACGACCACGCGCCCGCGCUGCUGCCUCCGGCCCCGGGCGGCCCGGGCGGCGCGGUGAGCGAGCUGGUGUGGCGGUCGGUGGGCGCGGGCCAGGUGGUGGCGAAGGUGCGCGCGGUGGACGCGGACUCGGGCUACAACGCGUGGCUGUCGUACGAGCUGCUGCCGGCGGCGGGCGGUGCGCGCAGCCCGUUCCGCGUGGGGCUGUACACGGGCGAGAUCAGCACGACGCGCGCCCUGGACGAGGCGGACUCUCCGCGGCAGCGCCUGCUGGUGCUGGUGAAGGACCAUGGCGAGCCGGCGCUGGUGGCCACUGCCACGGUGCUGCUGUCUCUGGUGGACAGCGGCCAGGCGCCGAAGGCCUCUUUGCGGGAGUCCUCUGGCUCCGCGAGCGCGGAGGCGGCGCUGGUGGACGUGAACGUGUACCUGAUCAUCGCCAUCUGCGCGGUGUCCAGCCUGCUGGUGCUCUCGCUGCUGCUGUACACGGCUCUGCGGUGCUCGGCGCCGCCCACGGAGGGCGCGUGCGGGCCGGGGAAGCCCGUGCUGGUGUGCUCCAGCGCCGUGGGGAGCUGGUCGUCCUCCCAGCAGAGGCGGCAGAGGGUGUGCUAUGGGGAGGGGCCGCCCAAGACGGACCUCAUGGCCUUCAGCCCCAGCCUCCCUCAGGGUCCUGGCUCCGCUGAGGAAAGACAACAACCCUCAGAGUCGGAACACUUAGGAAAGGUGAGUUUUUAAA